AACUCACUCGACCAAAGUCCUCAAGCUUUCUUAAAACUGCUCUGGUCUAUCUAUUGAGGUCUCCCGAAGAUAAGUAAGCAGAGCAGCCAAUGCCCAUCUCAAGACCUCCAAUAUCGUAUGUUUCUUUUCUUUUUCUAUACAUGGUUUGAUUUGGAGAGGAUGUGGAUGGGAGAUAAUAUUUAUUCAUUGCUAUCAACACCACACCAGAAUGCUCCUAUAUAUGUUUCUUUCAGAUGUAGCGAAAACUCCCAUCUCAUGUUCUCCUCUCCAGCAUUCAUUUUCAUGGUAUCAUUUCCAGUUGAUGUAAUGUUUUCUUAGUCAUCCUAUUCCACUUUGGAGUCCAUCCAUCCCAAUUGAGUUUAUGGUCAUGUUAACUUGUAGGCCUAUGUCCUGUCCUGCUAUGGCAAAUCUGAGGUGAGAACUUGGUUGGUUAAAUAUCUUAGCUAGCUAUUAGCAUCAACUGAGUUUAGCAAAGGAACUGCCUGCAUAGGCAUAGGCAUUGCCAUGGCCUUUAUCGCCAUGGCCAUUGCCAUAUUGUCAUAUUGCUACAUUGCCAUAUUGCUAUAUUGCCAUUACCAUUGCCACGAGAAGAUAUAUAUAUAUAUGAACUUAUGAAAGAAGGCAGGCAUAACCAUAAAUUGUGUCAUGUUGACCAAAAGAGCUAGUGCAUGCACAGGCAUACGCAUAGCCAAGCCAUGCGAUUGUUUGUGAGAAGAUAUAUAUAUGAUGAAGAACUCACAUUAAGUACCUAUGUUUCAUUUUCAAAUGGAUGAAGCAGAAUCAGAUGAAAUUCUAAGUACGUCUGACAAUACAAUACAAUACAAUACAAUACCAUACAAUUCAAAUGGGAAUUCUACAACCCGAGUCGCCUUGCCUACAUCUACCAAUACUAGGCUAUGCAAAUGCAAAUGCAAAUGCAAAUGCUAAAAAGAAAUAAAAAUACAAGUGCAGUGCAGCCAGCCAGCAGUCUGAUUCUAACCUCUUUCCAUCUCUAAUUUAAUUUAGGGUGAUUGCUGCGCCUGUGCCUGUGAAGGAAGCUGGUCAAUCGGAAUCAGGAGGUGAUGAUAUUGACGAGUCGACUACUGACGAGGAUGAAACGAUUGGGAUGGCUGGCGGAUCAUGUUGUAUAACGGAGGUUUCUGAGCUGGGUGGCCGCGUCUGAUAGCGGUAGUUUCUGUGGGAGAAGAAGGUGCCAUAAGUAACUAGACCUCGCCGGUCAUAGUCAUCGGAGCUGGGGUUUUCUUCUUCGCAGCACAGAACGCACUGCAGGAUUUCAAUUAUGAACGACAUAUUGAUGCUGAUUCUGCCGCCCCUUCUUCUGCAACGGAUCUGGAGUCGGUAAGUAAGUAACACUCACAGUCACAGUCACAGUCACAGUCACAGUCACACACCGCGCGACGCGAUGUGCGGCCUUCCUUAGGUUGAGCUUCGUAAUCCCUUCCUUUAAUUAUCAAAAUAAUGGUUGGAAGAGGAGAAGAGGUACCGCGUUGACUGCCUGUGCCCGUGGCCUUUGCUUGAGUUGAAUUGAGUUGAGGCAACAGGCAAGGGGCAAGAAAGAAGAAGAAUGAUGACAUGGGCAUAAUUUAUUGGGCAGGUUGCAGCCCAUCCCAUCCCAUCCCCAUUGAUAUUAUCCUGUCUGUCCGUACAACUCACCGUGGGCUGCACUGCACUGCACAGCACAGCAGGAUUCUCAUCUCAUUGCUCGACGGGACGGACAGACGGACGGACUGACGAUCAUCGAUCACGACAUUACUUUGGCCGACGGUGGCGGUGGAAUAAUGCUCAUCUGAGGUGGCAGAUGAGGAUACCGUCAAAGCUGAAAGAAUCACUCACCUUCGCUAUACCCGCCGGCGGCCGCUCCUCGAGGUCUGGAUUCACAUGUCCUUUCUCUUCAUGCUCCUCUCUCUCCCUACCAAAAGAUGCACCUGCUCUUGCUGCCCGUCUCUCUCGCGCUGCGGAUUCCAAGUCGCUGCUUCUUGGGAUGCAGCUGCAUGCACAGAUUACCAAGUGGGGAUUCAUCUCUGAUAUCUUCUCUCAGAAUCAGCUCAUCCUCAUGUACACCAAGUGCUCGGCCCUGAAGUGCGGCCUCGAGGUGUUUGAGCAAAUGCCUCACAGAAAUCUCUUUUCUUGGACUUUGCUGCUCUCUGGCGCAGUGCAGGUUGGGGAGCUUGAACUAGGUCUGGUCCUCUUAUCGGACAUGACGAGACACAGGUUUUUGCCGAACGAGUUUGCCCUCGGCAGCGCUUUAAAGAUAUGCAUCGAUUUGAGUGCUUUUGAGAUGGGCAUGUCCAUUCAUGGUUACGCGGUGAAAAUUGGGGUGGAAAGGAAUCCGUUUGUCGGUAGUUCAAUGUUGAACUUCUACUCUAGGCUAGGGUCCAUAGAAGAAGCUGAGGCGGUAUUCUGUUCUGUAAAUAAUCCUGAUACUGGCUGUUGGAAUGCUAUGGCCGGAGCUUAUGCCGAUUGUGGUUUGGGUUUGAAAGCGGUGGAGUUAGUGUCUUUGAUGCAAGCUAAGGGAGUUCACUUGGAUGAAUUUACCUUUGCAAAUGCUCUCAAAGGCUGCUCGUUGGUUGGCUAUGACAAUUAUGGAAGAGAGCUACAUGGGCUUAUUGUUUGUAGUGAGUUGGGAUUCAGUACGUCAAUCUCGAACACACUGCUCCAUAUGUACCUCAAAACUGGUAGAAAGGACUCUGCUUUGAAAGUCUUUAACAUGAUGCAUGAGAAAGAUAUAAUAACAUGGAACACCAUGUUUUCCUCUGUUAGAGAUGAUGCUAGAAGUCUAGUUCAUCUGUUUCAUAAGUUCAUGUCGAUGGAGAUGAAGCCCAAUAGUAUUACCUUUUCAAUCUUGUUAAGACGCUGUGGAGAUAUUUCUGAUCUUAGCUUAGGGCUUCAGUUCUGUUGUCUUGUCUUGCAGUCUGGAUUAUUCAGUGACAGUAAAGUCACAAGAUCACUGAUCAACAUGUUCUCUAAUUGUGGAGCAAUGUCUAUGGCACAUUCAAUUUUCGACUGCAUAUCCUCAAAAAGCACCUGCGAUGUGAAUGAGUUAAUUUCUGGGUACAAUUUAACUCACUGUUACAUGGAAGCCCUACGAGUAUUUUGCCAUUUGUCAGAGUUUGGUAUUAAGGCCGACGAGUGUACUUUCUCCAGCAUUUUAGAAAGUUGUUGCAGAUCAGGAAACGAGAAAAUGGGAAAUAAAAUUCAUUGUGCUAUCCUUAAGUUUGGUUUCUCAUCUCAUGGCUACAUUUGCAGCUCAUUAGUCAAACUUUAUGCCACCGUAGGAAGACAAAUUGAUGCUUUUCGGUGCUUAAGGGAGCUCAAAAGAUCAGAUUUGACUUGCUGGGGUUCUCUGGUAUCAACCCUAGUCCAUCAUGGCUGCAGUGAUGAAGCCAUGCAUUCUAUGAAGCGUUUAAUGGAAUCUGGGGAUGAUCCUGAUGAGUUCAUCUUGGGUAGUAUAUUUAAUGGCUGUGCCAAUAUGUCUUCUUUGCAUCAGACUAAGUCUGCUCAUUCACUUGCUGUCAAGAUGGGCCAUGACACACAUAGGUUUAUUGCUAGUUCAGUUAUUGAUGCGUAUGCAAAAUGUGGAGAUGUUCAAAGUGCUAGGAUGGCUUUUGAUCACUCAUCUGAUAUCAAGGAUGUGGUCAUUUAUAAUUCCAUGAUUAUGGGGUAUGCCCAUAAUGGUCUUGUAGUGGAAGCUAUGGAAAUCUUUGAUAAAAUGAAGUUGGCAAAUCUGCAGCUUAGCCAAGCUACCUUUGUGUCAGCGAUAUCAGCUUGUAGUCAUAUGGGUUUUCUUUAUCAAGGCUGUCUCUUGUUUCAGUCGAUGAAAUCUGAGUAUGGGAUGGAACCAUCUCCGGAUAUUUAUGGUUGCAUUGUUGAUAUGUUGUCCCGAAGCGGAUAUCUCGUCCAUGCUAAAACUAUGAUUGAAGAAAUGCCCUUUCCUCCAUGGCCAGGAAUAUUGAGAUCCUUGCUGAGUGGUUCUAGGGUUCAUGGGAACAUAGCUAUAAGCAAAUGGGCUUAUGAGAAGCUACUUCAGUUGGUCCCUGAGAAUGACGCCGCCCAUAUCUUGUUGUCAAGUGUUUACUCUGAAGCCGGUAGCUGGGAAGAUGCUGCCUUCCUACAGAGAGACAUGAUUGACAAGGGUAUCUCAAAAUCCCCUGGGCAUAGUUGGAUCCAGAUGCAGUAGAAUUUUACUUGUUAGGCUGAUCUCCGGUCAGAGCGGCUUCUGGAGAUUGUGCUUUGAAUUUUGCUGCCUGAAGACUGAAUCUUCCAUAGAACUCCAGUAAAUUUUUUUUUGUCUGAGCCCACCGCGGUUCACCAUUUCUAGUUGGCUUUCACAGAGUGAUGUGAAGAAGACCACCAAAUCCUUUUGGUGUAUCAGUUGUUGCAGGUACUUGCUACAGUGAUAUCAUGUCUGCUGAGUAGAGGCACUGACUGAAUGGGCUCCAAAUAAGGCUACGACUUAACAGUUAAUCCUUUGGACCUAAAGAGAGAGUUGUUCAGGAGUUGUCUGUUUCUCUAGGGGACGUUGCCAGCAACUGUUGACGCCUUGGAGACAAGCUCAUCUCUCCUUCGCAUCUGCACGCCCAUCUCGGGGCUUUGACCAGUACAGUAUUUUUGAAGGGUGAGAAAAAUUACCCUAGAUUUCUGCUCUGAUUCUCAAGGUUACAACAUAUGAAGAAGGGGAUCCUUAUCUUUGUUUUUGAUGUGCUAAAAUGGUAGAAGUGUGGAUCAGUCUUUGAUCCUAGUCAUGUUCUUACCUUUUCUGUGUUCUUAUCCUCUCUGUGUUGACUGUUAUUUAAGAUGGUGUGUUUGUAUUUGAAUUUUAAAGUAACUAGCCAUAGGAGACAGUUACUUAGCAGUUGUCUGUCUAUUUAUAUGUAAGAAGUGAUUGAAUGGGGUCUGUAAUGAUGAAACGAUAAUGAAUGAAUUGUUCAUCAUCCACUCUA